CUGGCUGGCUAUGUAAUACCUUACCUAGCCCAGUUUUCUCGGUUGCGGGGUAAGCAGUAGUGCGCCGUGAUUGACAAGUCUCGACUCGGUCUGUUGGGGUCGUGAUAGGUCGGCGAUAGGUUGAGAGCGAAUGGGCAAGACGGGAGAUGGGUCGAAGAGCUUCCAUGUGUUGAUCACUGGCUGGUUGGUGAUUUCACAAGAGGUGUGGUGAUGCAUAAUCUCAUGCAAUAACAAUGCGUCCCAGCGUUGAUAGUCGUUUGUCGAUUUGGCAGAGAAUGGUGCACCAAAGGUCACGAUGGAAGCGGCGUGUCGGAAGAAAAGGAACUAAGAGUGGACAGCGUAAGCAAAAGCCCGAUGAUUUGUUUGUGAAUGUUGGUCCUAUCUGUAGUUUCUGGCAGCGAAGCGCCGGCCGGAAGAUGCGGAGCGGCGGAGCUGAGACGGUACUGUGUAUGUUGGCGUCCGGUGAACCCAAUGGUCUAUCUCAUCCCGAGGGCAUUACGUAUGAACAUGUUGAUAACAUGUUCAGAACGUGGUUGCCCAACUGAAUAACGCAGUUUCGCACCGCAUCUAGCUUUCGCUGUCAAGGAUAGGUGCAGCUGUCUGACUCCUGAUCCACGAGACAUUAGCAUAGCCAGGACACCUCGGGCAUUGGGCGUGUUUUGCCCAACAGCUGGACAGUAUACACCGUAGAAGAUGAUACACUCAUCGAGAUGACGGACAGUCCCGCUCUCGACGCCAAAUGAAGAGCGGAUCGGAGUCAAGUUAGGCCUUGAAAAGAAGUCUUCCACCCGGUACGAUAGCAGAGUCCAGGGCAACAAAGAGGUAAUCUCGCCAACGCCGACACUCCUCCGCGUUCAGGCGGUCCUCUGCCACUUUCCUCUUGCCGUACCAUCGUGUAGUCGCCUCUGAUGCUUUCGGUCCCCUCGCCGUGCUCUUUUAUCGCAA